AUGGCGCCGCUCGGUCCGCCUCCGUACACGGCCGAACAGCUCCAAGCGAUAACCUCACAGGAGGAACGUAUUCGCGCCCAGGCAGAGCUCACCAGCUACAUUACGCGCGCCAGGAGAGAGAAGCAAGAGAGGGAAGAGCGCGAGAGGCUUCAGUCGAACGCUUAUUCUGGCUCUGGUUACCGCACCACCUCCGGCAGCUUCAACCAUUACACUCCUCCCUCCAUUCCUUCCUACGCCCCCGUCCAUAACCCCGUCUUCAAUCCUGUCUACACCCCCGUCUCUAAUACUUCCUACAACCCUCCGUACAACAAGUUCAACCAGCGCGGUGGCUAUGGUAGAGGCAGAGGCCGUGGCGCCCUGGGCAGAGGCAGAGGCUACACACCCUACCACCCCUACGCGCGUCCUCCCAAUGCACCUAUGUACACUGGAUUCGCUACUGAUUCCAAUGGCACAAGUAUUGUCACCCAACCACGCGAGGCCAAAGAGAACGAGGAUCCAGCGCAGGCACCGGCGGCCAGCACCAGGCAGGCCGAUGCACCAAAGAAGAUUGCCGCUUUGCUCAUGUUCGUGUCAAUCCAUCUGCACCGAACUGCGAAGCUUUUGGCCGCUUGGGCUACUGCCAGAAAGGAGACACCUGUGCCGAGUUGCAUGCAUAUGAGUGUCCCACCUUCGCCAACACGGGAGAGUGUUCCUACACUGUCCCCGCCUAAUUCCCCCGUCCGUUCUCGUUCAUCACACACCCCUGCUACUUCGGACGCCCCAGAGGAUGAUAUGGAUACUGCCGAGGAUGCUCAUGAGUGGAUGAUGCCGAAGACUGGAACUUCUCCGAAGCCACAGCAGUUCACACAGCAGGCGGACUUCGUUGCCUUUGAGAACGACGACGAGUAG